AUGACUGAGUGCUUUCUGCCCCCCAGCAGCAGCCCUGCAGAGCAGCGCAGGGCUGAGCACCCAGGGGGCGUGGCCCGCACCCCCAGCUCCGAGGAGAUCAGUCCCACCAAGUUCCCCGGCUUGUACCGCACCGGGGAGCCAUCGCCACCUCAUGAUGGCCAUCACCACCACGAGGCACCUGACGCAUACGUUUCAGACGAUGACAAAGAGCACAACAAGAAGAAGAACAAGUUCAAGAAGAAGGAGAAAAGGACGGAAGGCUACGCCGCCUUCCAGGAGGACAGUUCAGCAGACGAAGCCGAGAGCCCAUCCAAGAUGAAGCGCUCCAAGGGAAUCCAUGUGUUCAAGAAGCCCAGCUUCUCCAAGAAGAAGGAAAAGGACUUCAAGGUGAAGGAGAAGGGCCCCAAGGAGGACAAGGCCAAGGAUAAAAAAUCUAAGGACCUGACAGCUGCAGACGUGGUUAAGCAAUGGAAGGAGAAGAAGAAGAAGAAGAAGCCGACAACAGAGGCAGAGCCAGUCCCAGUGGAGACCCCCACUUUCAGGCCCAUCUUUGGGGCGCCUCUGGCCGAAGCUGUCAAGAGGACAGCUCUCUAUGAUGGUAUCCAGCUGCCAGCCGUCUUCAGAGAAUGUGUUGACUACAUUGAAAAUUAUGGCAUGAAGUGUGAAGGCAUCUACCGGGUCUCAGGUAUGAAGUCCAAGGUGGAUGAAUUGAAAGCAGCAUAUGACCGUGAGGAGUGCCCCUGCCUGGAGGAGUAUGACCCCCACACGGUUGCCAGCCUACUGAAGCAGUACCUACGCGAGCUGCCAGAAAACCUGUUGGGCCGGGAUCUGACCCAGCGUUUCGAGGACGCCUGCGGUCGGCAGGUGGAGGCAGAGAAGGUGACGGAGUUCCAGAAGCUGCUGGCCGAGGUAGCGCCGGACUGCAGACUUAUUCUCUCCUGGCUUAUAACGCACAUGGACCAUGUCAUCGUCAGGGAGGCGGACACCAAGAUGAAUAUUCAGAAUAUCUCCAUCGUCCUCAACCCUACCAUACAGAUUGGGAACCGUGUCCUUUACAUAUUUUUCACACACGUGAGGGAGCUGUUUGGAGACGUAGUCCUGAAGCCAGUGGUGCGGCCCCUCCGUUGGUCCAACAUGGCAACAAUGCCGGCGCUGCCUGAGACCCAGGAGAGCAUCAAAGAGGAGAUCCGACGACAGGAGUUCCUGCUGAACUGCCUGCACAGGGACCUGCAGGCGGGGGUGAAGGACUUGUCUAAAGAGGAGCGACUUUGGGAGGUUCAGAGAAUCCUGACCGCUCUAAAACGCAAACUGAGGGAGGCCAAACGUCAGGAGUGUGAGAGCAAGAUAGCCCAGGAGAUAGCGAGCCUCUCAAAGGAAGAUGUUUCAAAAGAGGAAAUGACCGAGAAUGAAGAGGAAGUCAUCAACCUCCUCUUAGCACAGGAAAAUGAGAUCCUAACAGAGCAGGAGGAGCUGAUCUCUCUUGAGCAGGUGCUUCGUAGACAGAUUGCUACUGAGAAGGAAGAAAUCGAGAGACUGCGAGCAGAGAUUGCAGACAUACAGAGUCGGCAGCAGGGUCGCAGUGAGACAGAGGAAUAUUCGUCAGACAGUGAAAGUGAGAGUGAAGAUGAGGAAGAGCUUCAGAUGAUUCUUGAAGACCUGCAGAAGCAAAAUGAGGAACUGGAGAACAAAAACACCCACCUGAACCAGGCCAUCCACGAGGAACAGGAAGCCAUUUUGGAGCUCCGCGUCCAGCUUCGCCUCCUGCAGAGCCACAAACUGCAGCAGGAACAGACCGUCCAGCCGCUGGCUGAGCAGGCCCCCCCUGUGCAGCCGAGCCCGGAGCCCCGGAGCGAGGAGCAAACCAAACGCUCCAUUGCCGCGGUGGCUGCCAUUGCAGACACCGCCGCCUCGGCCAAUGGCAAAGCAGCUAAGGAUCCUUCAAAGCCCUCACCUAGCAAAGACAGGAGAGACACCAACAUGUGAGAUGUCAUCUCAGCAAUUUAUUUGGUGGCUCUGUGUCUGCUGUACAUCUCUACCGCUGUUAGAUCUCCACUGGAGAGUUCACUUUGCUGGAUCCAUAAGUUCAUUAGCAAUUGUGUCCACCAAGUGGCAGCCAUGGAAAAAUCUGUUCUCUCUUUGGCGUCCUGACUCUUUUAGUAGAAAUCAGUUUGUUUCCCAUUGUCACAUGCAAAACACAAAAACAGAGUAGCAGCUGUAGCGGACAACUGGCUAUUACUGUUAGAGAUUAGAUGGUCCAUAUUAUCAGAUUCACGGUGCCAAGCCUGUAUGAAGGAAGAAGGGGGAUGGAUGGAGGCAAGUAAGAAGAUCACAUAAAAUUUAUUUUUUGCUGGUAAGGGCUCAAGAAAUGAACGUAGACCAGAUAUAAUCUCAGUCCCUGUACUCACUAUGUCCCUUACCUAGAUGCAAAUUUGUUGUUAGGAUAGAGACCACUGUGCCAUAACUGAAAAUGCCAGACUGGACACGUUUCCCCUGUGAACCACUAAUACAAAAGCUCUUUGAAUAAUGAAGAAUUUAUGAUUGGUCUAUCUAUAUAUUAUAUAUUUAAGUAGUAUUCUGAAGAAUACGGAUGACUAUUCAAGAAAUACAUUGAAUUUAAAUUGCCGCUUUUUAGUAAUAUAUGAAUAUAUGUAUAAAUAUAUUGUAGAUGCUUUUUUUCUUGGAACAGCAGAUGCACAUAGACACAGUGGUGUUGUAAAUACGCAACAAAAACAAUAUUAAUCACUGCAAAAUGUAGAAAAACAGGCAGUGUUGUUACAGUCACUCUGUGUAACAACACUCUGCGCUGUAGUGCAAUCAUCUUCUCUGUUAUCUCAUGCACAAACAAGGAAACAUGCAAAAUUACAUUUCUCCAGCUUUACAUGGAAUAACACAUCUGUAGUGAUGAUUGUCGCCAAAAUGUGUGCAGAGACACGCAGGAGGCUUGCUUAGUUUUGUUGUGUAUUUGGUUGUGUGUGUGGGGGGGGGGGGGGGGGGGACUCUUGAUGUGUGGAGUGACUCUUGAUGUGUGGAGUUAUCCAUGGCCUCAGUUGGAAGUGAGUCAACAAAAAAAAGGUCAAGAUUACAAGUCAAUCAUUUCAUUUGAUCCAUGGCUAUUGAAAAGUUAUUAUUCAGUGAUAUUUAAAGCAAAGGCAUGACCUGACUUACUGUUUGUGUAUAUUAUUGUAAAAUUGCAAACAUACUGUAUUUUCAGCUCUUAUGUUUUGUCAUAUGUUCUGUUUUUUAUUAUUAUCAUUAAUUAAAGUUAGUGUGACUGCCUCUGCUUUGGUCACAGGUAAAUCGAAGCAAUCUCAUCUGGACUCAUGAUUCAGCCUGUUAUUAAUCCUGUGACUGAAACAGAUAAAUGCUAGAUUGGGCUCAGAAGCUUCUCAUGAGGUUAUUUUCAUAUUGUUCCAAGGCUUUUGUAGCUUAUUGUUGCAGACAGAAUAAUGCUGUGAAGAAUAAAGUGUCGAUCCUAAUCAUUUA